AUGGAGAAUCUAGACACCAAUCACUCAGAAACGAACGAGGCUGUACCUCCAGAACCUCCAGGACUCAUGCUAGAGAAUCAAGACAACGACCACCACAGUCCGGUGGCAGCUGUUGCUGCCAUGAAUGUGCCCCACUCACCGAGGAUUACUUCACCACAGCCAUGCAACAAGAAUCCCACUUUGGAUUCCAAGAGCGUCGACCGUGGCUACGCGCCCCAAAACUUAGCCCCCAAUGCUUCGAAAGCAGAAUUUAUUGACGGUGGUAUUGUCAGCGGCGGAAAGAAUCUAUGGCCUCAUCCAUUUCGAAAACGAAAGCAGCUCAAACCGUACUCGAAGCCGAUUCCGACGUUGAUUCAUGAACGCUUCUUGGACUUAAGAGAACUGUAUGCUGACAGUCUCAAUCAGUUCACGAGGAGCCUGCCUCAUUGUCAAGGAAUAUUGAUGAGUUUACAGGUCUUAGGAGAGGACGAGGCAAGCGCAGAACCGUAUGUGUUUGUUCAGUGCGACAGGGCCAUAUUCAAGAGGGUCAACAACUUCUUCAAGCAGCCGUUCAUUAAGUUUGUCUUCGAGCCAGACAUUCCCACCGAGACAUCGCCGCGACUGCAAGUCAUUGUCUGCCCUCUGAAGCCGAGACAGCUUGCUGAAAGUUUAGUUACGCCAUCGCAACACAACUCUCCUAUCGCCCAGGAUUUAAUUCGAGUCUUUAGCCACCUCUUGAAGAAGCUUUAUCGUCUGGUACUUUAUGUGGACAAGGUCUCCACUGAAGACGAUGGCUUUGAGCUGGACUUGGAUUCGUUUGAUGCUAUCACUGGGGAGGAACGCACCAACACUGAAGGAACGGAAGAUACUGGGGAGAUUAGCGAACCUCUUGAUGGAAGAUCAAUGAUAGGCCGUAUCUCCAUGACUUCCCCAAAUUGCAUUGAAGAUGGUCGCAAUCUGGACUGGGCAUUGACAACAAUUAAGAAAAAGUCUAUGAGCUUGCCAAACAUGAUUAAAGCCACUGGUGGUCAGCAAGAGCCAAGACCACUUGAGAAACGUAAAGGCUACGACUUGGAAGAACGUGUGGUGGUAAUUUCUUCUCGUGGACCUAUCUUAGGAAGCCUAUCGACUGCAUGGUCGUUUAUGAUGCUAUCCCCAGGCAAGAGCUUGGUCCGGACCUUUCUUCUCACGUUCGAUAAUGGGACGGCUUUUCAGUCUGGUGAUAGCGGCGCUUGGGUCGUAGAUGCCAUUACAUAUGAGGUGUAUGAUCACAUCGUUGCAGAUGAUGUGCUUGGGCGGGGCUAUGCUGUCCCGUGA